UAUUUACUUCACGACUGCGCAGUAAAAAACGCUAAACGUUUCGCAUUGCAGGGUGCGAGCAAUGGUUAAGUAACGAAAAUAUAUUUGCUAAAGUAUGUGCCCUAUUAGGUUUAGUAUAGAAAAAUGGUUAUUAAAGUUUUGAGACUAAAUAAUUUUAGAUAAAUUCUGUAUUUGUGCUACAAAUGCCUCCGAAAAAUAGCAAUGCGAUGGAUUACCGUUUCUUACAAACGAACUACAUUUAUGUAUUUCAUAUUAUUAUUUCUAUUAUAUUUAUUAUAUGUGUUGAAUACAUCCUUAGUUGAUAAACAUGUGACACCAGUUAAUAUUGCUGGACCCAUAUCUCAUUACAAGAGUGCAUUUUUUCAAUUGGCUGCUUUAUUAGGUUUAAAUUUGGAACAAGGCUACGAGUACCGGAGAUUUCAAAAAAAUGUUACGCCAAUUAAAAAAUUGCCGGAUGCCCUUAUUAUAGGAGUAAAGAAAUGUGGCACAAGAGCUCUACUAGAAUUUUUGCGGCUUCAUCCAGACGUGAGAGCUGCCGGUUCAGAAGUCCAUUUUUUCGAUAAAUAUUAUCAUAUGGGGUUCGAGUGGUACAGAGAAAAAAUGCCACCGACUUUAGAAGGGCAGAUCACUAUGGAAAAGACUCCAUCCUAUUGGGUGACAAAGUCAGCGCCGAAACGCGUGUAUGCUAUGAAUCCUGCGGUAAAGCUUAUUGUUGUGGUCAGGGAUCCUGUUACAAGAGCGAUUAGUGACUAUACACAAUCUGCCAGCAAACGACCAGGUCUACCUCCAUUCGAAGAGUUUGCCUUACUAAAUAGUUCUAUUCAAUGGGGCGGAACAUAUUCCGUUGAUGCAUCAUGGCCGCCAGUGAGAUUGGGCAUAUACGGGCGGCCUUAUCGUCGGUGGCUCAGGCGCUUUCCCAAGUCUCGGCUUCUACUUGUUAAUGGGGAGAGACUGGUUGCUGAUCCGGCUGCUGAAAUGAUGAGGGUCCAGGAUUUUCUCGGGCUCAAACGUAUAAUAACAGAGAAACAUUUUUAUUUUAAUUCUACGAAGGGCUUUCCAUGUCUUCUAAAAUCUGAAACGAAGCCGAUUCCACACUGUUUGGGCAAAAGUAAGGGAAGAAAUCAUCCACGAAUCAACCAGUCGGUCAUCAACCGACUCAAAGAGUUCUACAAACCACACAAUGAAAAGUUUUAUCAACUUUCUGGUGUAAAUUUUAGUUGGCCUUAAACCAAAAAUGAUAACAAUAGAUCCGCAACUUAAAAAAAAAAUUAAACAUUCAUCGUCAUUAAUGAUUAUGUGUGAAUUUUUCAGAUAGGAAAGCUUUAUGAUUAAUGCACUAUGGGUUAGAAUCAGAAUGAGAAACGAACUUAGCGCAAUUAACGAAAUUCAACACAUUGUUGAGGUAGGUACCUACGGGGAUUCAGAUAUUUAGUGUUAAUUGAGACUCCCGUUUAUUGUAUUCCUUUACUACCCGUAAAGGAACAUUAUUAGUUACUUAGUCUCAGUGUAGAUUGUUUUAAUUUACAUAUCGAACACUCGUAGGUACUAAGUUUAACGUAAUUAAGUAGAAUGAAUAUAAAGCACGUAGACGUCCAUAACUUGUUGUGACUGUGAUUCACCUUGUAUAAGGUGGCUAUAAAUUAAGUAUAAAUUUCAACAAUACGUAUCAAUUUACUAGGUUUUUAUACUUUACACACGUGACCCGUAACGUAACGUAACGUAAAAGAGUAAGGGCAAACGAAUUUGUGUGAGAAUGAAAUUGGCUCACGCAAAUCCGAUGUUCGAUCACGCCUAUCGUAAAGUAUUUUUAGUCAGUCUUUAGGUAUAGGUACAGGUAUUAGUUUAUUUCACAAAUUUUGAAUAUCAUUCACCUAGUACUUGCAACUCCAUGUAACCUAUAACACGUGGAAGAUUGAAAUUAACUAGUUUAAUGAUACUAAGAAAAGCAAUGUUUAUAUGAAAUAUAGAAACAAAAUAAUUGAUGAAUGCAAUUCCGAAAAUAUAUUCAGACUUUAAAACUUGAUUAACAAGUGCUCAAAUAAAAGGUUUUAAUCAAAUGAAAUUUAAGGCAUAUAAUUAUACAAUUU